GGCCUGGCCAUGGGGAAGCUCUACGGGAACGACUUCAGCCAGACGACGAUCUCGCGCUUCGAGGCGCUGAACCUCAGCUUCAAGAACAUGUGCAAGCUGAAACCGCUGCUGGAGACCUGGCUGAGGGACGCAGAGACGAUGUCGGUGGACUCGACCCUGCCCAGCCCCCCCUCGCUGGGCCCCCCCUCCCUGGGGGGCUUCGAGGGGCUCCCGGGGCGGCGGCGCAAGAAACGAACCAGCAUCGAGACCAACGUGCGCUUCGCCCUGGAGAAAUCCUUCCUGGCGAACCAGAAGCCGACGUCGGAGGAGAUCCUGCUGAUCGCGGAGCAGCUGCACAUGGAGAAGGAGGUGAUCCGGGUCUGGUUCUGCAACCGGCGCCAGAAGGAGAAACGGAUCAACCCCUGCGGCAACUCCGGCAACUCCGGCAACUCCGGCGGCGUCAGGAACGCCGGGAGCGUCACCGGGAACGUCCCCAACGCCGCCGGGAAGGUCCCGGCCUUCGGCGCUCACGGGGUGACCCCGCCCGGCCCCACCCUCGGCCUCCCCGCCCCCGGCAGCCUCAGCACCUCAGCCCUGGCCGGCGCUGGGACCCCCCGGCCCCUCCCGGGAAUUGAGGCGGGGGCGGCGCCGCUGCUGCUGGGGGGGGGGGGGGCCCCGAAAGGGGCGUUUUUCGCCCCGUUUUGA